UUUUCAACCUAACCUCUACCGUGUGGUAGCUUAGAUGAAUUUAAAUAUAGAAAUGACCAAAUUGACUUCUAAAUCUACUUAAAAAUACAAUUAUACAAAUAUGAGGACUGUUUUAAUGGUAGCCGAAAAACCAUCCUUAGCAGCUUCGCUCGCGACCAUUUUAAGCAAUGGAAAAAACAGUUCAAGAAAAGGCUUUAACGGAGCCUGCUCCAUUCACGAGUGGAACGGGACGUUUCAGAAUGUCCCCGCCGCUUUUAAAAUGACCUCAGUUUGCGGGCACGUGAUGGGUGUCGAUUUCUUGGGAAAGUACAAUAAUUGGGCGAAAGUUGAUCCCGCCGAACUAUUCACGUGUCCGAUCGAAAAGAAGGAGGCAAUGCCCAAACUGAAAAUGCCUCAAUUCCUGUGGCAGGAGGCGAAGGGAUGCGAUAAGCUGGUCUUGUGGCUCGAUUGCGAUAAGGAGGGUGAAAACAUUUGCUUCGAAGUCAUGCAGGCGGUUUCAGGGGCUUUAAGUGGCAAUGUGUAUAGCAAUAGUACGACGUUUAGGGCCCGUUUUUCCGCAAUCACUGACAAGGAUAUUAAAGCAGCCUUUCAUUCCUUAGUGUACCCAAAUGAAAAUGAGGCCAGAAGUGUUGAUGCACGCCAAGAAUUAGACCUGAGAAUAGGCUGUGCUUUCACACGUUUUCAAACGAAAUUCUUUCAAGAUCGGUAUGGGGAUUUAGAUGCACUCUUAAUAUCAUAUGGCCCUUGCCAAACUCCCACUUUGGGUUUUUGUGUGCAGAGACACGAUGAAAUACAAACGUUUAAACCUGAAACGUAUUGGGUCUUGCAGGUUACUAUCAAUACGAAGGAUGGUCAAGAGAUUGUGCUCGAUUGGGAAAGGGUUCGGUGCUUUGAUAAGGAUAUUGCCUCCAUGUUUUUACAUAUGAUUCGUGACCAAAAGGAAGCCAAAGUUACCAGCGUCACUUGCAAACAAAUGACCAAAACACGCCCACUGGCACUAAAUACAGUCGAAUUAAUGCGUGUUGCAAGUUCCGGCUUGGGCAUGGGCCCACACCACGCAAUGCAAAUCGCGGAAAAACUUUACACGCAGGGAUUCAUCAGUUAUCCUCGUACGGAAACGACCAGCUAUCCCGAAAAUUUCGACUUAAUAGGUGUUUUACAACAACAAGUAGGUAAUUCAGACUGGGGGAGAGACGUUUCCGAAAUUUUAUCGCAAGGUAUCAACAGACCAAGAAAAGGUCACGAUGCUGGUGACCAUCCGCCGAUUACACCAAUGAAGGCUGCUUCCAGAAAUACGUUGGAAGGGGAUGCAUGGCGGCUAUACGAUUACAUUACUCGACAUUUUAUUGCUACAUUAGCGAAAGACUGUCUGUAUCUUACAACAACCGUUACAUUUUCGGUGGGCCAGGAAGUAUUUUCGGCAACUGGAAAGUCUCUAAUUGAUCCUGGGUAUACGUCGGUGAUGAUAUGGCAGGCGUUUGGACGAAAUGAAAUCCUACCCGCAUUCACCGCCAAAGAAAUGGUUCCCAUAAGGGAUGUACGACUGGCCGAGCGUCAAACUGGUCCUCCUGAUUACUUAACAGAAGCCGAACUUAUUACUCUUAUGGAAAAGCACGGUAUCGGUACUGACGCCUCCAUUCCGGUUCACAUCAAUAAUAUCUGCCAGAGAAACUACGUGACCGUAGGAGGUGGAAGAAAACUAGUGCCGACAACGCUAGGUAUUGUACUGGUUCACGGUUAUCAAAAGAUUGACCCACAACUCGUACUGCCUACCAUGCGUUCAGCCGUUGAGAAACAACUAAACCUAAUCGCGCAAGGUAAAGCGAAUUUCACCGCCGUUUUGAAUCACACCAUGGAGAUUUUUCGCUUAAAGUUUCAAUACUUCGUCCUAAAUAUCGAGGGCAUGGAUCAACUCUUUGAAGUAUCCUUUUCUCCAUUGAGUGCGACGGGAAAGGCUCAUUCCAGGUGCGGGAAAUGUCGGCGAUACCUGAAACUGAUCCCGGCAAAACCAGUUCGGUUACACUGCCCACAUUGCGACGAAACUUACAACUUACCACAAAAUGGAAAUAUUAAAAUAUACAAGGAGCUGAAGUGUCCCUUAGACGAUUUUGAGCUGUUAACGUGGUCCUCGGGAUCUAAAGGAAAAAGUUACACUUUCUGCCCGUACUGCUUCAAUAAUCCACCUUUUAGGGAUAUGAAGAAAGGGUUUGGUUGUAAUACAUGCACCCAUCCCACUUGUCCUCACAGUUUGAACACAAACGGAGUAUCGAAUUGUGUCGAAUGCGAUGGCGGUAUACUGGUCCUAGAUCCUUCGUCUGCGCCAAAAUGGAAGUUCGGAUGCAAUAAGUGCGAUAUUAUAAUUCACAUAUUCGACGACGCGGCGAAGGUGUACGUGCAAGACGAUACCUGCGAUUGUGGAUCUCAGCUGGUUAGCGUCGAAUAUAAGGAAGAUAAGACUAAGCUGCCUAAUAAUCUCACCGAGUUCACCGGUUGCGUGUUCUGCUCGAAGGAGUUCUUUAACCUGGUAGAAAAACAUAAAGCUGUGGCGAGUAGACGUGCCAAUUACGUCAGCAAAUCUAGCGGAAGGGGGAGGGGUAGGAGAAAACCGAAGCCACCAAAGGAUAAAAUGUCUCAGCUGGCAGCCUACUUUGUGUGAAGUGUUAAUUUAUUGUUCGUUUCAUUAUUAACAUUAUUAAUUUGCUAAACUUAAAUACGAAUAAAGCCUUAUUACUUUCUUAA